AUGAAAGAGCCCCGGCCUCAUACCAGAGAGCGUCCUGCCCCCUGGACACGAGCCCAGCUUCUGUCCCGAGGGCGGGGGGCUGGCCCCAUGGGGGCAAACUCAGCUCUCUUCCCAAGAGGCGCUGGCCCCAUGGGGGCAAACUCAGCUCCCUUUCCAAGGGGGGCUGGGCCCAUGGGGGCAAACUCAGCUCCCUUUCCAAGGGGGGCUGGGCCCAUGGGGGCAAACUCAGCUCCCUUCCCUAGAGCAUCCGGACUCCUGGGCAUAAGCCCAUCUCCCAUCCCAAGAGGGGUUGAACUCCAAAACAUGAGCCAGGCUCUCCUGCCAAGGCCUGGUGGCCUCUUGGGUACAACUCCAGCUACUGUGCCCGGUGGGGCCAUGUCCUUGGGCCAGAACUGUGCUCCUAGCACAAGGGGGACCCGACCACCAGACACAAGUCAAGCUCCCUUCCCCAGGGCAGGUGGCCUCUUGGGCAUUAGCCCGACUCCCAUCCCAAGGGGCACUGGAGGCCUGGGCCCAAACCCAGCUAUCUUCCCCAGGGCAGGUGGGCUCCUGGGUGCUAGCCCAGCUCCCACCUUGCUGGGAACUGGAGCCAUGGGCCCAAGCCCAGCUCCCCUACCAAGGGCAGGUGGCCUCCUGGGCCCAAGCCCAGUUCACACCCCAAGGACAGGUGGCCUCCUUGGCACUAACCCAACUUCCACCCCCAGGAGCACUGGCACUGUGGGCCAGAACCCAGCUACUCUUCCAAGAGCAGGUGGGCCCCUGGGCCCCAACCCCGCUCCCAUCCCUAAAGCAGGUGGCCUCCUAGGCACUAGUCCGGCUCCCAUCUCAAGGGGCACCGGAGCCCUGGGCCCCAGGCCAGGUCCCAUCCCGACAGCGACCGGAGCCCUGGGCCCCAGGCCAGGUCCCGUCCCGACAGCGACCGGAGCCCUGGGCCCCAGGCCAGGUCCCGUCCCGACAGCGACCGGAGCCCUGGGCCCCAGGCCAGGUCCCGUCCCGACAGCGACCGGAGCCCUGGGCCCCAGGCAAGGUCCCGUCCCGACAGUGACUGGAGCCCUGGGCCCCAGGCCAGGUCCCGUUCCUAGGGCAGGUGGCCUCCUGGGCCCCAGCCCAGCUCCCAUUACAAGGACAGGUGGCCUCCUGGGCCCUAGUCCGGCUCCCAUCUCAAGGGGCACUGGAGCCCUGGGCCCAAGCCCAGCUUCAAUCCCCAGGCCAGGUGGUCUUCUGGGUCCGAAUGCAGCUCCCAUCUCAGUGGGAACUGGGAGCCUGGGCCCAAGCCCAGCUCCCAUUGUGAGGGCAGGUGGCCUCCUAGGCCCGAGCCCGGCCCCCAUGCUGAGGGGGACUGGAGCCCUGGGGCCGGGCCUGGCUCCCAUGCCAAGGGGGACUGGAGGCCUGGGCCUGGCUCCCAUGCCGAGGGGGACUGGCCUCUUCACCACUAGACCAGCUGACCCCCUAUCUAUGAAUCCAUUCCCCUUUCCAAGGGAAGGAGGACCCUCAAGUGCAACCCCAGCUACCAUUGCAGGGGGUGGCUCACCCUUGGGCAUGAAUCUGGCUCCCAGCCCAAGGGCUGGUGGCCUCCUAGGCAUGAGCCCAGCUCCAGUUCCAAGAACUGGCUCCCUGGGCAUGAACACAGCUCCCAUCACACAGGGGCCUGUCAUGCUGGAUGCUAGACCUACUGGUCCCCUGGGUCAAUCUCCCUUCCCCAGGGCAGCUGGUCCCCAGAGUGUGAACCGGACUCCCUUCCCCAGGGUGGGUGAGCCCCAGAGCAUGAACCCAGUCCCCUUCUCCAAAGCAGCUGCCCCCCUGGGGCCAAACCCAAUUCCCUGCCCCAGGCCACCUGGCCCCCUGGGGCCAAACCCAACUCCCUGCCCCAGGCCAGCUGGCCCCAUGGCUGCGAACCCAGCUGUCCUCUUUCCUAAUGGGACUUUGCCAUCUCCCAUUAACAACACAGCCAGGCUGCGGUGGUGCUGAUUCUCUCCUGACCCCCUACCCUGGGCUCUCAGAGAGAAGAUCAAGAGUGCAGCCAUACUCCUGCCACCUGCCUUGCCAACAAAUUGGGGCCUAGCACAGUCUCAGCUUUUCCUAGAGCCUUGCUGGGUUCCGGACUCCAAGGGUUUGGAGGCCAGCAGCCUCUCAUCCUCCUUGAUGUGGUGGAGCACUGUGUUUCUGUGACGCACUCCUCAGAGAAUGCAGAUCUCAGGCCCAGCGAUUCCAGCCCUACCACCUUGCCUGCACAGCAGGGAAUCCAGGUGCUCCCAUCUCCUCGGUCUGGCACUAGUGCUCAGAACUGAAACAAUGGGUGUAACCCCGACCACCCAGCUGCUGGUGGAGACAGCAGGUGGCAUCACCUUUCCUGCUCAGCCAAGAGCCAACUGACUUUUUGUGCUGGUUUUGUGUUCCUUCUUCCUGCCCCUUGAAUAAAAGUGACAGGAGAGUCA